AUGGAUACAAACCCAGCUGGCGGACCAAGGAACGGCCCACCAGGGAACAUGACAAUGCGACCACCCCCCUCCCCCGGGAACGGCAUUAUGAACGCAAACAUGCGCCCACCAUUCCCCAACCAGCGACCACCGCCACAGCAGCAUCAACAACAGCCUGGAGGAAACCCAGCCGGUAGAGCUCCCAUGACAUCCCCUUUUCCUAGACAGGACCCUGCUCCAGGAGUACAGUCAUCGGGCCCAAUGAACCCCAACAUCAGACCCGUACCACACCAGGCCCCAAGCAACCCUUCUGGCCCCAUCCGCCCUCCCGGCGGUGCGCCUGGCGGUGUGCCUCCUCAGCGUCCUGUGCAGCAGCAGCAACAGCAGCCCCACCUGCAACAACAGCAACCUAGACCUCAACCCCCUACACCUACUGGACAACACCCUCAGUUUGCAGGCCAAGGAAGAUUACCAGGGGCGAAUCUUAAUAACGGAAGCCAAACCCAGCUAAGGGGUGGUCAGAACUCUCCCCAGUCUCAACCCACUCUGGCUAUGCGUCCACCUCAUAUGCAGCCAGGCCAAAUGCAACCCCAUGUCAAUGGAGCAAAUGUCCGACUAUCUGGGUCUUAUCCAAACCUGACUGGACCCGGAAUGCCACCAGGAAAUCGCUUGACUCCUCCUUCGCCCAGUCUUGGAGUAACCCGUUCCCCUCAGAUCAGACCCCUGCAGCAAACUCAGCAGACUCAAGGCAACGGACCAUUGCCUCAGCAACAGCAACAACAUCCAGGACAGCACCACCAGUCUAGUUUGCGGCCUUCCGCCUCUCACCCACAACUUGUUCAACAGGCUGGUAUUCGUCCCCCUCAUAUUCAAGGAUCCCCUGUGCUCGCUCACCAGACUGCAGUUCGUCCUCCAACACCGUUGAUGCAGCAUCAACCUAGACCUCGCCCACCUCAGGCAGCUCCUCACGGUCAGCCUCCUAGUCCGUUUAGCCAGAACCAGCAAGUUGCUCCUGGACAUGCCGCGCAAUUGGACAUGCCCUCCAUAAAUGGUGGACAGCCAGCGAACGGAGCACCUUCACCUCAGCAACAUCCACAUCUGCAGCCCUCUCAGGAUAUGCAUCAGCAGCAGCAGCGAUCUCCAGGCGCCCGGCCGAUCUUCGAUCAGAUGCGACAGCAGACGCAGCCACCAUAUCCAGCACAGGGUGCUGGUUCCCCUCAGAACCCACAGAACGCGAAUCCAGCCCAGCGACCUCCUCAGCGCCCAACAGGUCCUUCGCAGCCUCAACCCACUCGCCAACUGCAAGGACCAGGAUCGGUCCCUCAGUCUCCCCAGCGCCCUCCAACAAAGGAAGCUCUUGCUUCCAGCCCACCAGCCCACGGACACGACGGUCAGUCAAUUGAUGGAAGGCCCUCCCUAGGUGAGCACGGACGUGGUCCAAAUGCCUCGCCACAGCAACACAACAACCAGCGUCCUGCUCACCCUCAGGGUCUUACAGGUGCUCGGCCUCAUCCUCAACAAGGCCCUCCUGGACCUGCAGGAUUCUCCGGACCUCAUGCACCACGACCUUUGCAAGCUCCAGGUUCUCCCAUGCAGCGGCCACUUGGCUUUGCAGAGAUCAAGCUAUCAGGUCCUCCACCCAACACCGCGCCUCGACAAGCACCUGCACUUCAGCAGCCCCAGCUGCAUCAUCAGCAGCAGGAACAUAAGCUUCAUGAACUCCAGCAACCUGCUACACUUGUGGAGCCAGAUACGCCUCAUUCGGACUCCGAAGGUGUAUAUGACGACGAGGAGGAGGAUGAUAUUGAGGGAGGUGGCAGCAGACAGACUCCACCAAAAUCGCCUGCCGCCCAGGAUAUCGCUCCUCCUUCUCAAACAAAGCCAGCUGCCGGUGGACCUCCACAGGGUCCUCCACAAGGACCCCCUCGAGGCCCCCCUAAGGGCGAGAGCCAUGGAUUAAGGAAGCUUUCUGGCGCAGCAGGAACAGGACCUGUGCACAUCAUGCAACCUUCGAACAACCCUACUUCUCCUCCUGCAAGUGCGUUCCCUACAUUGGGCCAGCCCAAGCCACGAGUGCGCCCUCCACCUGGCAACGCCAACCAUGCCCCUUACCGCCCACCAGAGAGACCAUCGCAGGCACCAGUGAUGUACAGCCAGUCAGGUCAACCAACCUUCACUUCUCCUUUCCCUGCGCAGGGCGACAAGGAUUCUUCGCCAGCUAAAUCUAUGGUGCCUCAAGGAGCCGAAGCAACUUCGAGCAGCGUUCGACCAAGAGAGGGUGGCCUGCAGAAACGCGUCGUUGCCAGUGACAGCAACGCCACUAAAACUGACAGCCCUGCAUCGCAGCAGGCACCUCCUUCUCCUAAGCUUCAUGGUCUCAAGGGAGGCCCCGCUAUUUUAAGCCUCGCUAAUCACAAGACGUGGGCGAUCCGCGGAGGUCUUGUUUACUUGGGCUACACUGCAGUCUUCAGCUGCCCCCCAGAGACGACAGGAGUCAAAGGUCUUUAUUGCAAGACGACUAACGGUGUCGGAGGACUCAUCAAACCCUUUGUCGCACCCCACUACAACGCUCACGUUGGACCUCAUGUGGAUAAAUAUAUUGCUCCCGUCGCUCGGCAGGGUCAUCGCAUCUACAUCAAGGUCGCCGAUCCAGUCGUCCAAGGAGUAUUUUCUGCUGCAGGAACUGUCUACAAGUCGACCGCCAAGAAGCAUGUUGAUUCCGCCAAGGAGCAGGUGAUUUCCAUUCUGCCUUACCCAUUCAAGCCAAAGUCCAAGGCAACGGACAAGGAGGCAGGCGAGACCGCAACAGGGUCCGCGCAGGACCAGCCCCACUUUGAAAAGACCUCGAGACAACCCAUCCAUGUCCAGGAGCCUAACCAUGCUUCGGAUAGUGUAGAAGAAACGGUAUCCCAUGACGAGGGUAUCGUAGAACCAAUGGAGGAGACUUUUGUAGAAAAGGUGGAGGAUGUUGUUGAGCAAGUCCAGGAAGCAGUCGUCGAGGAGGCGGCGCCCAUUGCAGAGGUGUUGGUUGAGGAUGUAACAGAAAGCCCCAAGGAGCCAGCCGCAGUUAAGGAAGUCGAGGUAGAGACAACAACAGAGACUGAGGAGAUCCAGCAGGAGGAAGCCAUUGUGGUCGAUGACGAUAUUAAUUCAUUUGAGGCCGACAUGGACGUGCCUCUCAAGAAUGAGGCCUCGGAGGGAUCGAUCUUUGAAAAGAUGGCUGCCUUCAAGGACUCUAUGGAGGGUUUGCGCGAGGAUUUCAAGGAGCCCGAGCAGGAGGUGAAGAGCGAAGAGGCAUCACAGCCUGGCGAGGUCCCACCAACAGAAUCUGAAGUCCAAUCCGAUGCUGCUGCUACUCCUGUCGAAGAAGCCUCGGCCCCUGUAGUCGAGGAGGAGGAGGAGGUACCCACCACAGAGUCGGCUGAAGCAACAGCAGAGUCGACGAUCGAGUUUGCUGACAAGCCAACAGCACCGUCUGAAGAGAGCGAGUCUACUCCAGCCGAGACUGCCGAGGCUACUGUCGAGGCUACUGUCGAGUCCCCUAUUGUUCCUAUUCCUGAGGAGACCUUCUUGGUUCCGGAGUCUGUGGAGAGUCUUGCUACCGAGGAAGAGGUCAGAGAGACACUUCCAGUGGAAAUCGAGUCUGUAACUGACGCAGUCCCUCACACGUUCGAAACUGAGUCAGUCCAGUCUCAGGAGCAUGUUGAAGAGUAUACUGGAGCCGAGAAGGAGGUCAAGGGUGAGAGUGUAGUCGUAGAGGGAGGAGAAGAGAGGGGAGAGCAAAAGGUUGAGGAGGAGGUCAAAGAGGAGGAGGCCACUUUUGAGCAGCAGGCUGCUCCGGAUUCGGCCUCGGCCUCGGAGGUAGAAGGAGACGGAGUUGGCCACAAGGGUCAUGAUGAGCUGUAG